UGAUGAUGAUGAUGAUGAUGAUGAUGAUGAUCAUAACCUUUACUAAAGGGCCUAUUAUUGUUAGGCAAACGGGGAAGGAGCGGCCGCAGAUCCAGAGAAACGUAUUUUUGUAAAAUCUGAACAAAUGGGAGACGUGGAAACACCAGGGAAAUAUGUGGAAUAUGUAAGAGCUUCCGUGUUGAGAAAUGAAAUAUCGCCGAUGUGUUUCAGAUCUGGAAAUUUAUAAUGAUGAUGAUUAAAAAAAAAAAAAUAGGGGAGGGGGAGGGGGUGGUAUUGACGACAGAACUGAUAGAAUUUUGGUGGACUGGCCAGCACAGCUUGGAUGCAUUAAAAAAAAACCCACCGAUUCUCUUAGAUAGCUAAUGAGCUAUAAAGACAAAAAAACCCCAAAACAACCAAAGCCCAUUACGCUGCCACUGAAUCAGAGGAAGCGAGGUUUUUUUUUCUGGCUAGUAAUGGACAGAAUAAAAAGAAAAUGGGCAUAACUCUUGACAAUUGGACCAAAAUAAUGUGUUCUAUAAUUUUGACCGUCAAGCAGGAAAUGACGCACCCUUUGAUGUCCUCUCACUCAGUGUGUUUAGUGUAUAGUAAAUUUUACUCAUUCUUGAGUACGAAAGGACGGUGUGUUGAACACUUGACUUAUGGAACAAAUAAUCUCUUGUUCUUCGACAAGGAAUGUGAUGGUUAGGUGAGAGGAUUCUCUGGGACAGGAGGAAAGUCAAAAGAGAAAAAAUGCACUGACUGAUUGGCCAAGUCACUGUCUUUAUUUGUGUGUUUGGAAGGUGGAAGGGACCAGGUUGUAAAUGAGCGAUCCUUCAACAAACUCACAAAUGGUGUGCGGAGAUGCGCACCAGAGGAGACACACAGAUCUGUCCGUCUCGAGCCCCUCGGCCAGCGAGCUGAGUGAGGCCAUCUCUGACAUGAGUCUGUCUACCUCUCCUGGCAGCGAUGUGCCCCGUGCAGCCUCUGAGUCCAUCAAUGUGUCUUCAUCUCCUAAAAACGUGCAGCCACCACCUGCCCGGAAGAGGAUGGUGGUGCGGCAACUGUCCUCAAAUCCUUACCUGGCCAGCUCUGAAAUGUCCCCAUCGGAGGACCAUCCCACCAUCACCGGGUCAAACUCGUACGCUGAGGGAGAAAGCAGACAGUAUCUUGUGAAUGGAGACUCAUUUGAUGAUAAUGUGUUUGGGAAGUAUUUUGAAAAUGCCUUUUCAUUACGUGCCAACUCGUACCCUCUUACUUCUGAAGUCAUAGCUGACAGCGAUGAGGAAGAAGAAGAAGAAGAUGAGGAGCAGAUCAAACCGGAUGAAUCUUUUGGCUCUCUGUUGACCUCCAUCGAUUCAUCCAGCGAAAAUGCUCACAGUGACAAGACUCCGUUUGAGGUGCAGGAAAAAUGUCCAGAGACUGUUGUUACUCCCUCAGAGAAAUCUGUGCUUGACCCAGUUUCAGCAGCAGUUUCUGCUCUUGAUCCAGCUGUUCCACCAGCUGUCAAUGAGUCCAUUCAGCAAACCAAUCACUCAACACAACGACACCAUAAUCGGCAUUAUAAUCAUCAUCAUCAUCGACAUCAUCACCAUAGUUCCUCCCACCUCAACAACAGUGCACAACGUCAGAGUUGUCAGCAUCACAACAACAGCUACCAUUCCCAAAAUCCUCAGCAGCAACAACAGCAUCCUACUCAUCAUCGUCAUUCCUCCCAUCAUCACCACCGCCAUCGGCAACAGCAGCAGCAGCAGCAACAACAACAACAACAACAGUCAUCAAAUAUGAAUGUGAAUAGCCUCACUGAUUUCAACCCUUGGGAGGCUAGUUCGGAAAGUACAAUCAAUGCUGUGAACUCGCAUGCAAACGAAAUUCUCCUGGCUGGUGGCACCGCCACUGUGCUUUCUUCCUCCAAACUCUCGUCCUGGAAGAGGACAGAAAGACGCGUGAACACGGUGACCACUAGCCAGCCUCCCCAGAGUCGGGAGAUUAGCUCAUGGGGACACUUUUCCCGGCCAGUGGACAGCCAUUACAAAUACCGUCGCAGCCACUAUACGAGCGACAGUGAGGAGGAAGAUGCUCCAAGCGGCAGGCGGAGUCACGGUAAGCCGCACACCAACAGGUCAGUCUCCAGCAAGUCGCAUCUGUCCACAUGUAAGUGUGUGAACCAUCGCUCACCUUCCCAGUCCCCAUGUGUGCACCGGAAAAGCUUGGCCAGUGCGGCUCAGGGCUCUGCUGACCGCAAAAUGCUGCAGAAUGGAGUGAAGCCAAACAUCUUCAAAGAUCGGUUCCAUGUGAUGAAGAGGUGGUUUUCAGAAUGCAACGAUGGUCAAAAGAAUAUUAUCUUGAAGGGUUUACUGAGUCUUUGUGAACUGCCCCAGCUGCACCUACUGUCAGUUCAUAUGUCGAAGGAGCUGCACCAUGGCUGUCCAUCCAACUGUGAGGACAUUCUCACCUGGCUGCCCACUGACCUCGCCACCAAGGUCAUGUCCUACCUCGACCCAGUGAGUCUAUGUCGUGCAGCCCAGGUGUGUCGUGUGUGGCGCAGUCUGGCGGAGGACCAGUCACUUUGGCGGCGCUUCUGCUGCCAGGCCAAGUGGCGACUGUCCAAAGCGGCCGAGCACAAACAAGUCAUCAGUCACAUGUGUCCUGAGGGCAGCAUACAGUGGAAAAAUGUGUUCGCUGAAAGAUUCAGAUUACGCAACAACUGGCUCAAGGGAAGGUGUACAGUCAGGACAUUUGAGGGACAUUUGCAAGGUAUUUCCUGUGUCCAGUUUGAUGACUCUCGGAUUGUCAGUGGAUCCUCUGACAAGACCAUCAAGGUUUGGAACAUGCGCACCAACGCACCAUGGUCAGUGCAGACGCUUAUGGGUCACCACGGUACAGUCCGAUGUCUACACCUGGAGGGGAACCGACUGGUCAGUGGGUCCUGUGACACCACCAUCAAGGUUUGGGAUUUGUCAACUCAGGAGAGCUGGUCGUCCAUUGCCUGUAAGGUGACCAUGACUGGCCACACGGACACAGUGAGGUGUUUACAGGCGGAUGAUGACAAAGUGAUCAGUGGGUCAUAUGAUAAAACUUUGAAGAUAUGGGACCUCAAGUCUGGAGUGUUGAGAAGAACAUUGAGUGGUCAUCAGGCAUCUGUUUUGUGUGUGCACUUCAGUGAAACGAAAAUUGUGUCUGGAUCAGCUGACAAGACGAUAAAGCUGUGGAACUAUGACGGUCGCUGCAUGAUGACCUUACGAGGUCACCAGGAUGCUGUCACUUGCCUCAUGUUUGACUCCACUCGGGUGGUCAGCGGCUCCCUUGACCACAACCUCAAGUUCUGGGACAUCCACACGGGUGACUGCCUCAACACCAUCGACUGGAAGAAGGCGGAGGGCCACACAGAUGUGGUGCGCUGUCUGCAGGCCGACAGUUGGCGGGUGGUCAGUGCAGCUGACGACAAAACUAUCAAGGUAUGGAACCUGGCAACCGGCGAACGUCUGGUGACGCUUCGGAACCACACAGAUGGCGUCACGUGUCUUCAGUUCAACGACUUCAUCAUCGUCUCAGGCUCUUAUGACAAAAGUGUCAAACUGUGGGACUUCAGUUGCUGCUGACUGAGUGGGAGUGACUGGCAGUGGCUCACAGUGCCGGGACUCAGACUUACAAUGACUUUGUUCUGCCUUGUGAUGACUCUCAGUGAUAGCAUAGCAGCUGUAAAGAAGAACAACAUGAGUGCAUCAUGUGUGCAGCUGGUAACAGAAUGAGGAAGUUCACAAGGAGAUAUAAAGCAAAUGACAAAUCUUUAUCGUUGGUCGUGGCGGACUUCUAAGGUAAAGAGCAGCGAGAGCAGACCUUGGAACUGUACAGGGGGGAAAAACAGCCAUCAGCCUGGCCGUGACAUAUCUCAAAGUCCCCUUGAGAAUCAUCGAGAUCUGUUGUAGUAUCCAAUGAAUUUAAAUGUUGAUUCACGUCAGAACUAGCUGCACUCUGAUCUUCACCACCCUGGUGACAUGGGCUCAAAUUUGCUCAUGAACUUUGGUUGCCAAGACAGUUUCUACGGGUCUCCUGUCCCCCCAUGUUGUUUUGGAGAUGAGCUUUACAUUGGAAGUCCAUUAGCUUUACAGCGGAGGUCCCUUUUCUUCAGUAACUUACAUUGUAGUGUUGAGUUGAGAGUUUUCCUUGCACUCCAAGUAUAAGGACCCAUGGGAUAAGGAAAACUUUAUACAACUGUACACAAUUGUUUCUUACACAAUGGCUGUGGUUUUUUUUUGAUGACGCAUAAUGUAUCCUGCCACUUGAAUGGCUCGAGGAAAAUGUUUAGAGUACUUGUGGCAGAUUGAUAUUCUUUUCUUUGAGCACACGUGUUCAUAUGUCUUUAUGACUUGGCAUGGAGGGCAACAUAUUUCCGUACAUGGUUCUCAGGUGACUGUCACUUUGCUGUUUUUCCAGGUGAAGGGACAGGUCUAUUGUCUGCCUUAUUGUGUCAGUCUUGGCUCUGGAUGUUCCAAAAUCCUCGGGUGUACAAAGAUUUUUUUUACCUUCUGUGUUUGUUAGUGUAGGGGAACUGGAGUCUUGAGCUGACGAUGCGAUUUAACUUUUGUGAUGAUUUUAAGUGUUCUUGCUGCUCUCUUAGAAGGAAAAACAAACAAGAGAGAGGAUUCUUUUCUUUUUUUUUUUACCUUUAGUCUCUUAGGCUGCCCUUAAAUUGUUAAUGACUUUAUUUCCAGUGAAAACUGGUUCAAUGGCUCUUUUGCUACUUGUUUGUUUGCUUGAAUACACGCACAAACUUGCUUCCUUCACACAAACUUAGUCCUCUCGGUAGUUAGUAAUCAGAAUGCCUUACAGUAGUCUUGCUCAAUUUGUAUGUUUAGACGACAUUGAAAGUUGUUGAUAAAUCUGUACUUUUAUAAGGAGAUGGAAAAAGGAAAAACUAGAAUAGUUAUUAGACAGCAAAUGUGAAAAAAUGUUUGAUUUUAUUUUUAUUCUUUUUUUUUUUUUGGUAGCCUUCAUUGCUUUCUUUUGUGGUCUCAGUUGCCUACUGCAGCACCGUAUGUUCAUCGGUGGUCCCCGUAAAGAAGUCGUUAGAAUGUCUAAAAUGUCCCGAAACAACAUUAUCUCCUUACUUUUUUUUCAUCAAUCAGUUGCGUGCAGAGAUAAAAAUCAGUUUGUUGAGUGAUGACAACAUUGUUUAUGUUUUUGUUGAGCAUCCACGUAAUGACCAGGUCCUUGCUAUUUGUUUGUUUGUUUUUUUAAACCUGUACAAAUCCCUCUCUCAGUAUUGUAUUUGUAUGUUUUUUUGUUGUUUUUCUUAAAAUCAUGUGUACUCUUUGUUGUUGUUAUACAAUUUAUUGCAUUCUCAAUUGUUAUAGUGAUGACAUACUCUCCAUCUCCGACUCAGUGUGCAUCUGUUUGUCCUGUUUUCUUGAUUUGCUUACAAUUUUGACUGUGGCCUGGUGAACUUGAGGUCCUAUUGUGCCUUCAGUCUAGGUUGUCGUUUGCUUACCGAUGGGUGCUGGGAAUGCCUGAUGGAAAAAAAAGGGACAAAAAGGGGAGUGAUGGGUGGCGUUUGAGCUUUAUUGUUUUUGUACUGCAUUCGGUAUUUGUGUCACGACAUGGUGGAACUGGGUGCUCGUCAACUAUUGGGCAUUUGGAGUUAUCAGUAUAAUUUACGAUCUGAUACGAUCUUAAAGCAGUAUACAGGACACAGCUUUGUCUGGGCGGUAGACAUACAGGAGGUAGAUUGCCCAAGUACGACUUACGUCCCUUCCGAUCUUGACUUACUUGAUAUGUUGCAAAGGAGAGACAUCAUCAGUACGUUUGGAAUCAAAAGAAGGUGUAAGGGUGUGUUUGACUAUUUUGGAAAAAACGGUCACGGAUAUGUUAAAAUCAGUAGCACGGAAGGUUGAAGAGCCAGUAACUGACUACUUAUUAAUUAUCUUAACCCUUUCGCACUUAGCAGGCUUGGCCAGCUGUGGCCCCCCAUCCUUAAGACAAGGGCAACAACUCCACGAAAAUUGAAGGGGUACCUAACUAAAAAAAUUGUAUAAAAUCACAAACACAACCAAAAAUUAUGAAAAUAGUAUUUUCUUAAAGGAAAAUGAAUGAGCUAAAUUACUAGUACAAAAUUAUAAGUGGAAUAGAAGAGUAUGAAAUGAUAUGAGAGGUCUUUCUGAGAUGCGUGUCUUGGAUUCCGAGUCUAGAUCUAGAUCUAGACCUCGUAUACUACAUUUCUUCAACUCACGAAAUUUCUGCCACUGACAAAGAGGUAAUCCACACAUAAGAAAUACAACACAUUCACAGAGAUUGAAGCCUCUGGUGGAAACUUGAAAGCACCUAAAAGACUUUUCUUUGGGUGUUUUUAUUUUGUUUUUGCCGUACUCAUAUCGGGCAGCUUUGCGCCCAUGCAUCCUAGAGACAUGAUGGCGUGUUUACAACUAAAAUCUCCUCCGACUUUUGUUCCCGCUCAAAAAGUGACUCUUUGUGCUAGCGAAACAA